UACGUGCGUGCGUUCACGAGCGGCAAGAGUAUGCGAAUGUUUUGGCUGGUCUGGCGGCGUUUCACAAGGCUCAGUUACCGUCGUGCAGUGGUGGUGUGAAAGUGUCUGUCGCGCGCGCUCCUCCGCCGUCAGCUGUUCGUGGUGCAUCGUACAGGGGAUUAGAACUGAGAAAAUACGUGCGGUUGUAGUAGCAUGGAGAAUUUAACGAGCGUCACCCUCCGGACCCCUUAGACUCCAGCCACGACAGACAUGCCAAGCAUUUCGUAACCUCAAGGCCCGACGAACAAAUCUCGCCUGCUUCAAUGCAUCCAGGCCGCUGCAAACGCCAACAACUGAAGCCGAAGCUUUAAGGAGAGAAAGGCAGGCAAGCAGUUCCCCCUCUCGGAUCACCCAGCCAAGCGAGUUUCAGAAAUGGUUGCCAUACUGCUUGCCUGGGCCUGGGUGGUGGAAUUAGUGCAGGCUUUCUGUCCCCCUGGCUGUACGUGCGACGACAAGACGCCGAGUGCCAGAUGUGUUGGCGGGGGAAUAAAUGUGGUUCCCAUAUUGUUCAACCCAAAUUUAAAGCGGCUCAAUAUGGCCCACAACUCUGUCAGCAACCUUGGAGAUUCGCUGGGUUGGCUAGAAAAGCUAGAAGACCUCGACUUCUCUCACAACCUCAUCAAAAUUCUGAGCGAGGGAGACUUCGAGAAGCAGGAGAACUUGAGGGAGCUGAAGCUGUCCAAUAACCAUCUGACGACCAUAUCCCUCGGGGCAUUCCGAGGACUAAGAAAACUGGCCAUCCUGGAUCUGAGCCAAAACACCAUGGUCGAACUGCCCCUGGGCGUCUUGAAUGACGUCCCACAACUGACAGUGCUAAACCUCUCCCACAACAGACUUCACAUCCUCGCACCAGAUACCUUCAAGAGCCAGAGAGUCCUCCAGGUUCUUGAUCUGUGUGAUAAUUACUUCCGGCACGUGCCCACCGCUGCCCUCGAGCACCUAACGUCUCUGCAGUCCCUCCACAUAUGCCGCAACAGGCUGACUAGCCUUCCACCCCUGGCAUUCCCCACAGACUCUCUGUCUCGCCUCUUCCUCGAGACCAACAGCAUACACACCAUCAACGAAAUGGCCUUCCUGCGCCUCAACGCUCUCAGAGAGCUGAACCUCGACGGCAACAUCCUACUCGAAGUACCAAGCGAUGCCUUAGCACCUCUAGCGACGCUGGAAUCUCUUUCCCUGAGUAAAAAUAGGAUAACCCAUAUUGGGUCCGGGGUAUUCAAAGAGCUGGGAAAUCUGAGCAUCUUGCAAAUAUCCAGAAGUCCACACCUGACUGAGCUUCACCCUGAGGCCCUCAACGGCUGCAAGAACCUUCAGAACCUCACGCUCUCCCACAACACGCUGCUGCAGAACUUACCGUCGGGGAUAUUCUCCUCUUUAGAAAACCUACAAAACAUUGACCUGAGGGCCAACGGCCUCCAAGUCUUAGAGGAGACGCAGGUGAGAUGGCGAUCUCUCAAGAGAUUAGAUCUCCGUGAAAAUCCCAUAGUGUGUAACUGCUCCAUGAAGUGGCUGGCUGCCUUUCUGAGCUCAUCCAACACUUCUCUCAAAGUUCCUGAUGUGCAGUGCGCAGCACCAGAUAAGCUUCGUGGGCUUUAUAUAUCAAGGUUAGUGCCGAGUGAGCACAUGUGCGGAGAGAGAGUCGAGGUGAUGUUCAGCGUGGUCAUCAUCAGCAUCUGCUUCGUCCUCCUGGUCACUCUCUCCUUGAUGCUGUGCAGAUACAUCCGACGCCAACAGAGAGCCAAACUCGGCAGUGAGUGGCCCGGGGGACCCCCUAUCCCGCCACGGCAGGGACAAGACUACAGGGGCCACAUGACGACCGCUCCUCCCUCUGCAGCUACCGCUGCUGCUUCUGCCACCAGACCUAUCCUGGUGGAGGAUUACCUCUACCGGGGUAAUCUGUCGUUUGCCAAAGUUCCCGUCACAGACGUUUGAUUCGUCCCGGAUUCCUGUUGGGUCAGUUGCAAGAGGAAUAAGAACUGACUGACUGUUGAAGCUUCUUCUCCUUCCAGUUUCUUGAUGGUUCAGCUCAACGAUUUCUGGCAACCUGAUAAAUCCAUUAGGCUCCUCUUCCGCUCUCGGAUGGAUCUCUGAUGGGUUGUUUGAAAUAUUUCAGAACUGACUGAGUAUUUUGGCUUCUUUAUGAAGAUCCCAAUAGAACUGACUGAUUAUCUGGGUUGCUUUAUGAAGACCUCAACAAAAAUUAUCAUUUGGGCUUAUGUG